AGAGGAUAGACAAAAGGAAGACACAUCUGCCAUGGGCUUUUAGCUCCACAGAAAUAGCUCUUCCUCUGCACUUGAUGGAACAUACACACUCUUCAUCCACAGCUGGGGAUGAAACUAAGAGGCAGUUGUCAGCACUGGAAAACGUCCCUCAGGAAACAGUGAUUGUAGCAUUGAAGGCAAACAUUAAGAUGAGUGCACAAGGAUCAGGUCUCACAACCAUACAGAACGGGCCAUAUCUCCAGAGAGUAAACCUCAUUAAGAAAAGCCCUGCAGCUAACGGUGGAAAGCUAAAGCCAGUGCAAGAGGUUAUCUCUACCGAAAUCUUCAGUGGCCACUGAAGCGUAGUAAUCACAGAACUGAUCAGUGAACUGAAAAGCUGCAUGUUUCAGACUGUAAAUGCAGGAACAGAGAAGCAAAAUGAUCUGCAUCUGCAGUUCAGAGACUGCACCACUUUGACUCACCACUACAGUGUUU